AGCGGCAGAGGCAGCGGCAGCAGAGGAAGGAAAGUUUAAAUGAAAUAACGCAAUAUAAAAACAUAAAUAACUAAGGAAAGUGCCGAGGAAGGGGCCAGCGAAGAGGAGGCCAAAAAAAAGUAGGCAACGACAAAAAAGAAAGGAAGAGCAACAGAAGAACUUGCAAGUUGGCAGGCGGUACAAUAAGGUGAGCCAUACACUUGGCCCCCAGAAAACAAGAAAAAGAAGAAGAAUAAGAAUAAAAAGAAUAAGAAGAAAAAGAAGAAGAAGAAGAAGAAGAAGGGGGAAGAGAAAGAACAGGAGCUGGAGAAACCCAAAAAGAUAGAGGAGCUGUGCAGCCGGACAAGAGAGAAUAGAGCUCAAUUACGCCGCCAAACUGUCGUGUCAGCAACAACGUGAAAUGUGCAAUUCCUGGCUGGUGCUCAUAAUUGCGCUCUCCGUUGUCGUCUGCCUGUGGAACUCGCAACAAACCGAAACAUCCAAAUCAUGCCCAGCCGAGUGCAUCUGCUUGUCCCAGACUCAAGUGCUGUGUAACACGGGCGGCCUAGACCAGAUCCCGCUGCGCCAGCUGCCGGCGACGGUGGAGAACCUGGCGCUGACCAAGAACAACUUCCCGAUCAUCAAGCCGGACUCUUUCGCCGGCCUGCGGGCGCUGAAGAAGCUCUCGCUGGACGGCAACAACAUCACGCGGAUCAGGCAGUUCGCCUUCCGCGGACUGCCGCGCCUCAAGGAGCUGUCCAUCCAGUACACGCCGCUGCAGCUGGUGGCCCAGUUCGCGUUCGCCGGCCUGCAGAACCUGUCCACGAUCCUGCUGAGCCACAACCAGAUCCAGCGGAUCGAGGGCAACGCCUUUGCGGGCACGUCCAACAUCAAGCUGAUCCUGCUGACCAACAAUCCGCUGAUCCGCAUCGACAGCUCGGCCUUCUCCAGCCUGACGAACGUGGGCCACCUGAUCCUGCCGUCCGGCAUCCGCAGCAUCGAGCAGGACGCCUUCUUCGGCAUGGACACGGUGGGUCUGCUGAAGCUGGCCUACAUGGACCUCAAGGAGGUGGCGCCCUUCACCUUCCGCGGCCUGUCCAAUGUGCUGCUGCUCACGCUGCAGGAAUCCGAUCUGGGGGUGAUCUGCGCGGACGCCUUCACCGGACUCACCCAGGUGGAGACGCUGCAGGUCCUCAACAACAAGAUCGACUCGAUCGAGGAGCUCAACUUCACCAGCACGGCGGCCAUCAAGCACCUCAAGUUUUUCGGCAAUCACGUGCUGGAGACGCCCGACCCCAACGCCAUCAUUGUGGACGGUGUGGAGCACCUGCAGCUGGUCAGCAACCACUUCCCCUGUGGUUGCCACAUCCACACCCUGCUCGACGGACCGCUGGCCGAGGGGGCCCACAACCUGAGCGACUUCCUGCAGAAGAACUACUGCAUCUCGCCGCUGGAGGUCAACGGGCGCGUGAUGAGCGAGCUGGACAUCGACUCGAUUGGCCGCUGCUCCGACCAGCUGACCAAGGGCAACCUGGGCAGUUCGGCGGCCUCGCUGGCCCUCGGGAUCAACUCGAUGCUGCUCAUCGCGGUGGCAAGCUGCGCGGAGUGGCGCCACUUCCGCUUCCUGGCCCAUCGGUUGGGCCAGCUCCUCGGCCACGUGGCCUGGCGACGGCGCCGGAAACGGCGGAAGAACCAUUAGGCGGAGGUCUCCUGCACCAACCACCGGAGAGAACUGCAGACUUCAGCUCAAGAUCAUUGAGGCGGAAACCGAAUUCAAGCCCCAUCUCCCCAUCCAUUAAAGUCCCUCUGAUU